ACGAGUGGGGAGGCUUAUCCCGGCUUACGGGUCUUUGCUGUGUGUGUUUUUGCCCGGCUACACAUCUCAGGUCCUGCCCAUUCCUCGCGCUCGGUAAAGGCUGCGCGCGCAGCGGGAUGCAGAAGGAGUGGCGGAGCGCGCGCACGAAUGUUGCAGACUCACAUAUUUUCUAGGCACCGUAAUCUCUCCGAUUCAACAGCUGCCGUUUUUCUUCUCCUCACCGUCUGUGCAAUGGUCCGGUGAGUCGUAAAUGGACGAGAAUCUCUGACUCUGAAGUCGCAGCUCCCCGGCGCAGUCUACGGGACCCAAGGCGAGAGACAUAGCAUUCCAACAGGCCGGUGGGUGUUGGUCGUCAACCGCAACGAUGGGCACGGUGCUCUCCAUUUCUCCCACCUCCAGGAAAGGAGGGAUUCUGGAUGAAAAAACGGAGGCUGGACACGGUGCGAGUGGCAAGACUGAGAAAAGCCUAAAGCGUCAUUCUGUUCUCAUAUCAGCCCUGACGUGGAAGAGGUUAGUGGCCGCGUCGGCCAAGAAGAAGAGUGCCAAAAAGGUGAACCCCAAUCCUCCAGUUUCUCAAAUCAGUAACCCUGUGGACCAGCUGAACACUGAAAAUCUCAAGAAAUCACAAUCAGGCUCCGAGCGCAAAAAGCCUGGCCCGCUAGCAGUGCCGGUUCCGACUGUCCCAGAUAAAAGCCUUCGCGCCAAUCAAACCCAGAAUGGCUCACAGACCGGAAAGCAGCUCCUGCCGGUCCAGAGACAAGCCAGCACCCGCUCGAUCAUCUCCCCACGACGCGUGAUCGUCCAGGCGUCCACUGGCGAACUGCUGCGCUGCUUGAGCGAGUUCAUGUGCCGCAGGUGCUACAAGCUCAAAGAGCUGAGCCCCAACGAGAUCAUCCUGUGGUUCCGAAAUGUAGACCGCUCGCUGCUUAUCCAAGGCUGGCAGGACCAAGGUUUCAUCACGCCUGCCAACCUCGUGUUCGUCUACCUGCUGUGUCGGGAAGCCGUGACCGAGGACAUCAGCAGCGAGUACGAGCUGCAGGCCACGUUCCUCACCUGCUUGUACCUGGCCUACUCCUACAUGGGCAACGAGAUCUCCUACCCGCUCAAGCCUUUUCUGGUCGAGACCAACAAGGAGGUGUUCUGGGAGCGCUCGCUGCGCAUCAUUGACAAAAUGAGUGCCAAAAUGCUGCAGAUCAACGCCGACCCGCACUUCUUCACCGAGGUUUUCCAGGACCUCAAGAACGAAGGAGGCCCGAAGGACACUAAUGCCAAAUGGACAAACACCUUGGAUCGCUAGCUUUAUUUUAACGCGCGAGAGAAGCUCUCUGUUAAGCUCCCCACACACCCCGUCCAUGAAGGGUGGAUUGAAUGUAAGGCCCUGAACGGGAGAACGCGUGAAGUGUGGUUCACGCUAUGUACUGCCGGUGAAUUAAAAAAAAGGCCUCACCUCCAAGACAGGGGUUUCAUGUUAUUAUAUGUGUAUAAUAACCACCACUUUGACCCCGUGAAUGUCACCAGGGGGUUCUGGGGGUCUACUUCUAGUUUACUUAUAAUGCAUGCUUAAAGUAUUCUAACUGUAUCUUCGUUGUGGCUUUUAAAGAAAAGAAAGAAAAAAAAAAGAAAAUGCUACCUGGUGCCGGGCUACAGUAAGAGGUGUAUACAAUGUCAGCUUGUGCGUCAGUGUUCAGAUCUUUUAUUUCUCUAUCCAUUUGAAACUAUUUUUGGCGCUAGAGACUAGACGCGAUGUUAUCACCGACGCUGAGCUGUCCGUGGUGCUGGCCUCCGACACACACACACACACACACACACACACACACACACACACACACACACACACACACACUCACACUGCUCACGUGUUCCCUGAUGCUAUCUAUCUAUUUAAACGUUGAAUGUACCUAUUUUGCAACAAAAAAACAAUUCUCUACCGUCCAAUGUGCCAAUUGUUAUAGUAUAAAACGUAUGUUUUAUAUUGUAUAUUUGAAAAUAUAUGAAUAACAAAUAUGA